GUGGAAUAGGAAUUAGAACUCUAUAAAUUGAACAAAGCUCCUCUCUUUGCUCCAUCUCUUUCCCUCCUCUGCAUCCCGUUCAUUCGGACAUUAGUACUGUAAAGUAAUGAAAGCUUCAAACUUGCUAAAAGCACUGGUACUUAUUACAGGUGCAUCAGCUGCACUUUCCACCAACGUUAUUGAUUCGUGGGAUGUUGAGGACCUCAGAGAUUAUCUCAGAGACACCUCGGUCUCAUACGAUGAAAAGAAAGCCACACUACAGGAGUUGAGAGAUUUGAGUAAGAAACAAUGGCAACUGCGUGCCAACCAAAGAGCACCAACAUAUCCUUCAGAGCCUUCUUGGUUUAGUUUCGAGUCUAUCAAGCAAAAGGUGUUGGGUGCUUCAACAGAGGCCACAAAGACCGUCAACGAUUGGUAUUCUCAAGCCGAUUUUGAUAACUUGAAAGGUUGGGUGUUUGCUACAUGGUCCACUACUGAGCUGGAAAAGUUGCUUCAAGCUGCGGGCAUUAAGUACGAUAAGACCAAGAGCGUUACACGUUCCCAAUUGGAGAAGCUGGCACAGGACAACUAUGAUGCCAUUGCAAAGCACUUCAAGUCCUCUGGUAAAUAUCCAGGAGAUUGGCUCUACUCUUCAUGGGACAAGUCUGACUUGGAAAAAUGGUUGAAGCAGUACGGCGUUGAAUACUCUUCUACGAAGGCUUCCAAAGACGAGUUGGUUCGCAAAGUUCGUGACAAUGCUUACAGGGCAUCACAAUAUGCCAUUGAUGAGCGUGACAGUGUUUUGGAUUCCUUGGACUUAACCUCAAAGUCACUAUUUGACAAAGCUGGCGAGUUGAAAGAUGAUGUUUUCAACUCCUGGACAGAGUCCCAGUUGUACUCCUGGUUAAAGACUCAUGGCGUUGAAUUGCAAGAGUCUGCAAAAAACAACCAGAAAGAGCUGUUAGCCUUGGCUUCAAAGCACUCAAGCGACCUGAAAGGUGAUAUCGACUAUUGGGUCUCAAAGGCUUCUAAAACCGCUUCACCAUAUUUGGAAAAGGGAUCUAAGAAGGCUGAUGAAGUCAUCAACGAUACGUUUUUAGUUGGUGUUGAUGAUUGGAGCAAGUCACGUCUGAGGGCUUUUUUGGAAGCUCGUGAUGUCAAGAUCCCAAUGUUUUCUACGAGAUAUGACUUGGUGAACCUCGUGAAGGAGAACAAGUACAAGCCAAUCAAGAAUUUCAACAGCGAUGCCUUCUUCGAAGGUUGGAGCAAAGAGAAUGUUCAGAAAUGGCUCGAGGAACAAGGCUCGAAUGUCCAGCAAGGGUCCCAAGACUUGUACUCAAGGGCCAAUGAAGCUUACAAGUCCUUCGUCUCUGGAGCUGAAGGGCUUGCCCAAACUGCUCAGGAAAAGGUUGCAGACGCUACUGGAUAUGGUACGAAGAAAGCAACGCUCUUUGACAAGUGGAGUGACUCUGAUCUGAAGAAGUAUCUCUCCAGCUUUGGAAUCAAGACAAAGACCACCAAGAGGGAGGAGUUGUUGGCCAAGGCCAAACAAAAUACCGUGUGGUUUAUCAACGGUGAUGGAUUCUCCUCCAGUGCAUCCGAUUCUGCCAAUGGUGUUAGAGCCCAAGUGAAGUACGUUGCAGCUAGUUUCUUCAACAACGCUUUGUACUACUGGAGAGCCCUUAUCAACUACAUCCGCUUACAGUUGAAACAAUAAAUCUUAUAGUUUUCUUCAAAGCACAAAGCAUAAAACAAAGAUGUCCCUAGGGAACGUGUAGCUUAAGAUUAUAAUUAUAAUGUGUAUAAUAUAAUAUAAUCUUCCCAGGGGAAAUACAUUCGGGC